GGCACACGCCAGUCUGUGUGAUGGUGAGUGGCUGACUAAGUGUAAGGGACUGGAGGAUUCUGGGUGAGACACACUGGGAGCGCUGGAUACAAUUGUGUCUCUUGCUUCCUUCGCGGGGUUCUAGCUGCAAACCCAUCUCAGCCUCGGAUUUUAUAUAUUUUUUCGCACAAGGGGGACUUGAUAUUGUUUUUUUUGUUGUUUUUCUGCCCUUGGGGCUGAACCCAGACACCGUGCGCCGGGCGUGCGGUUUCAGUGGCUGCAGCUGAAGUUGGCACCCGAGACGCCUUGAGACCCGGGAUGAUGGGUGCUUCCUCCCGGCGGUGGAGUCGGUCCGCGGCGUGGCCGCCGAGGUUUUGGUUUUUACUUGUGUGGGUCGCGUUGGGAUCGGGGGGCUUAUGGAGACUCGGCGCGGCAUGCCCAUCCUCUUGCUCGUGCAGCGCUACACGGAUCUCCUGCGUGGACCACGACCGUGGCAUCACGGCGUUCCCGGUCCUCCCCAACAAGGCGGAGAUGGACAACAUCACCGACAUCUACAUCGCCAACCAGAGUGGCUUCUCCUCCAUCAACGACAAAGACCUGCACCUCUACAAGAACCUCCGCAACCUAACGGUGACCAACAGCAGGCUAACGUAUGUGUCCAGACUGGCCUUUCAGAACAACCUCAAACUCCAGUACCUGAACUUCAAAGACAAUAACCUUUCCUCGCUGUCCUGGAGGAUAUUCCGGCAUCUCAACAUGUCAGAUCUUAUCUUGUCAGGGAACCCCCUGCGCUGCUCCUGUGACAACAUGUGGAUGAAGCUGCGGCUGGCGGAGGAGGCGGACGCACAGGAGGUCCGCUGCCUGGAGGACGGAGGGGCCCGCAAGCCCCUGUCCCGACUGGGAGUACCCAACUGUGUGCUUCCCAUGGCAACACUGAGUCCAUCCAAGGUGACGGUCAGGGAGGGGGCCAACGUGGAACUGACCUGCAACUCCUCGGGGAUGCCCUCACCUGAACUCAUCUGGAACAUGAGUCCCCUGGUCACCAACUAUGUGGAGAUCCAGACCUCGGGUCAGAUGACCUUGCUGAGGCUGUCCAACCUCUCCUCACUGGACCACAACAGCAAGAUCUCCUGCACUGCGGAGAACAUCGUGGGGGAGAAGGAAUCGUCCCUCCUACUGGAUAUACUCUUUUCCCCCAACAUCACCAAGCUGAGCGACGCGUUCUCAGACCACCACUGGUGCAUCCCUUUCAGCGUCGCAGGGAACCCUCAGCCAGUUCUGCAAUGGCUCCUGAACAACGAGGUGGUCAAGGAAGGAGAGUACAUCGUCACCAGGAUCCACGACGUUACCGACAGGGAGUACCACGGCUGCCUCCAGCUGGACAGCCCCACCCACCUCAACAACGGCCUGUACACCCUGCUGGCCACUAACGAGUACGGCACAGACCGCAAGGAAGUCGAUGCCCACUUCAUGACAGAGCCCUGGGGAGGUGGCACAGUGACAGACCCCGUAUAUUACGAUCCCACCACAGAUGGCACUCCACAGAACCCCCCAGAAGACAGAGUGGCCGUCUAUGUGGUGGUGGGCAUCGCGGCCGUGGCCUUCACCGGCUUCCUCCUCAUGCUGGUUAUUCUCAAGUUUGGAGGGAACUCCAAGUUUGGCAUCAAAGGUCCAUCGUCGGUGAUCAGCAACGACGAUGACUCAGCCUCGCCGCUUCAUCAUGUCUCCAACGGCAGCAACACGCCCUCGUCUUCAGAGAUGGGCCCGGACGCUGUGAUCAUCGGCAUGACCAAGAUCCCAGUCAUCGAGAACCCCCAGUACUUCCGCAGCAGUCACAGCCUUAAAUCGGACACAUUUGUCCAACAUAUUAAAAGACAUAACAUCGUGUUGAAGAGGGAGCUGGGAGAAGGGGCCUUCGGCAAAGUCUUCCUCGCAGAGUGUUACAACCUGUCGCCUGAGCAAGAGAAGAUACUGGUGGCCGUCAAGACUCUUAAAGAGGCCAGUGAAAACGCCAGGAAGGACUUCCACCGUGAGGCCGAGCUGCUGACCAACCUGCAGCACGAGCACAUCGUGACGUUCUACGGCGUGUGCGUGGAGAGCGACCCCCUCAUCAUGGUGUUUGAGUACAUGAAGCACGGAGACCUCAACAAGUUCCUCAGGGCCCACGGUCCGGACUCGGUGCUGAUGUCGGAGGGCCUGACCAGCCGCCCCGUGGAGCUCACCCAGUCCCAGAUGCUGCACAUCGCUCAGCAGAUAGCUGCAGGCAUGGUGUACCUCGCCUCCCAGCACUUUGUACACCGAGACCUCGCCACCAGGAACUGCCUAGUGGGAGAGAACCUGUUGGUAAAGAUUGGAGAUUUUGGUAUGUCCAGGGAUGUGUACAGCACGGACUACUACAGGAGUUCUGUCAGAAGUCUUACGUCCUCCUUCCUGCUGCCCUGA